AUGUCUUACCGCGCCUUUCACGACAUGCCCACCGAGCUUAUCGAGGCCGCCGCAGGCUACAUGGACGACGCAGAUCUUCUUUCCUUUCGCUUGACAUGUAGACAUGCAGACGCGAAGACCCUACGCGUAGUCGGCAAGCGCUUCUUCUCCAGCCUCAAGACCACUCUGAUGGCGUCCGACCUCGAAAAGCUCGACGACAUCUCUCGAAGUGCGCGACUAGCCAAAUACGUUAGGAACAUCCGGAUCGAAGACGACCAACUAGAGGUUGUAUCAUCUAUGCCCUCGGGCGAAGGCACUUGUCUGGAUCCAAGGGCGCUAGCGAUAUUGAGAGCGAGGCAUUGCAUCUGGCUGCGCGAAACAAUGGUCAUCCCUGAGGUAGACAAGGCCGCCGUUGCCAAAUUGAAGACGAUACUCGAGGAACGCCUCUUGUCUCUGGAUACCCUUGCUAUUCACUACUCUGACACUAGAGAUGAAGAGAAAGCUACAGAAGCUACCAUCGCGCUCGCUCAAGAGAUCGUUCUAGACGGGAAACUUGCCAGUACCGCAUUCUCAGUCUACCUCAGUUCCCGAGGGCUUUCCUGGGUAGGAGCCGUCUUGACUCUGUACCUUGAUCGAUCCAGAGAAGGCUUGGAUAACAGACUGCUUCAGAAUGUGGGAUUGCAGCUGUUGUCCGGUGGGCCUCCGUUGGACCACCUGCUUACCUCAGUUUCCGAGGAGACGCAAAGGUUGGGACAUCUCCGAAUGGAGUGCACAGGACCGCAAUACGCCCUACUUGUCGGCCUCGUGCACCAAGGAAGGUUCGUGCCCAAGCGGACGAUCCUGCGGUUUUCGUCGUCAAAGACGUUUCGGCGAGUUCGUCAGACAGUCUGA